AUGGGUUCAUCAUCCAUGAGAAUUGCAGCAAUUGUUUUUUACCUUUGCUUUCUCACCUUUGCAACAUUUCAUAAUUGCUUUUGCAAUGGAAACUCCAGUAUUGUUUGCUCCAAAACUGAAAAGCAAGCCCUUCUAAAAUUCAAGCAAGAUCUUAAAGACCCUUCGAACCGGUUGUCCUCUUGGGCUGGUGACGACUGUUGUCAAUGGUCCGGAGUUGUCUGCGACAACUUCACUGGCCAUGUCCAUGAGAUCCACCUUGAUAAUGCUGAUUGUAAUUAUAAUGGAAAUUAUCCUGAAUAUGAAGCUUGCUGGCUUUAUCACCAGUUAGGAGGUCUUCUUUCAUUACAACCCCUUGAUAUGUCAUUGGUAAACCUUAGCACAGCAGUGGAUUGGUUAGAGGGGAUAAGCACGUUUCCUUCUUUGGUAGAAUUGCACUUGGCUGAAUGUGAUCUCAAAUAUUCUUCUCCUUCAACUACCAUUAACUUUACAUCUAUACAUAUCCUCGACUUUUCUGUUAACUAUUUUGGACCUUCAAUACCUAAGUGGAUUUUUAGUUUGAAUCAUCUAGUUUCCCUAGAUAUCAGUGGUUGGAACUUUUAUGGCCCAAUUCCCAAUGGUAUUAAAAACAUUACUUCUCUCAAAGAGUUUUAUGCUUCUGGAAAUAAUCUGAAUUCACCAUUGCCCAAGGAGUUGUUUAACCUCAAAGACCUCGUUUCUCUAGGCUUAAGCUUCAAUAACUUUCAGGGAUCAAUUCCAAUUGGCCUUCUAAACAUGACUAGCCUUAGAGAUCUAGAUUUAUCCAAUAAUUUUUUCACUUCCUUGCCAAAUGGGUUGUUGUCUAGUCUUCGCUGCCUCGAGUUGGUCAUUCUCAACCAGAAUCACUUGCAACUGCAAGGUGUAAUCUCAGGAGCCAUAGGAAACUUGACUUCCCUCAUUAGCCUUGACAUGUCACACAAUCAAGUUGAGGGAAACAUACCAAGAUCAUUGGGAAAAUUAUGCAAGUUGAAGACAAUUGAUUUAUCAUAUAACAAAUUGGGUGGAGAGCAUAGUUCUAAAUCGCGGUAUCGGGUAACGUAA